AUGUCUGCAACAUUAAGAUCGAAUGUCCACGUAAAUUUUUUGGCACCUGAUUAUUUAGAUGUUAACGAUUAUUUUAAAAAAGUAGAUUGGAUUGGUUCUCUCAACAUUAUCUCAAAAACUAAUCACAAAAAAAUUCCCGUCAGUGUAAUUUCAUUUUGCAAAGGAUUAAAAAAUUUCAGUACUUUUGAAGGAGAGUCAAUCCUAGAGCGUUGUAAGGAAUGGUACCAUAAUUUCUACGAGCGUUACUGUGAUCUGCAACUCACCGAGAGGGUCCAACACAUAGAAGAAAAAAUAUAUUCUUCUCAAAAAUUAUCGGAGCUGUUACAAGGAACGACAAUUAUAAAAAAAAGAUCAUAUGAUGACAACGAUGACAACAAAGCAGGCCCAUCAAAUGAAAAACGUAGUCGUCAUGAGGAUUUAUCGUGUGAAAGUACAACAGGAGCAUGUUUUGAGUCUUAUCAACGUGAACAAGACGAGCUACGAAUACUUGAAAUCGAGACUGAAGAACCUCCGAUUGAGUGGAAAUUUAGUGCACCAAAACCAAAUUGGCUAGAUAAAAUAGCUCAGGAGCAACAAUUGUUAACUUCUGCAUUGUUUUCUAAUGAUGAUACAAAAAUUCGAUAUGAAUUGUCGUUAAAUCCAAUCUUGUGGAAAAUCAUUGAUUUAUUUGAUCAAAGAACCAUGAACCUUUUAUCAGAAAAUGAAUUAUCAGAAUUAAAUACAACAAUUUCAGCUUCUCUUAAAAAUUGGACGAUCUUGGAACCUAUGGCAGAGAGACAUCUCUAUUCUUUAGCAAAAGUAUAUUAUAAAGAUUAA